AUGAAAUUGCAUAAAAAAUCAAUUCCUCGUCCAUUAUCUACCUCAGAAACAAUAAAAUAUUGUUCAUCUUCUAUAACAACAUCAAAUGUAAUGAGUCAAUCAGUAAUCAAUGAUAGUCAUAGUUUAUCCUCAUCAUUAGUUGAUAAACAAUCUAAUAAACAGAUUAUGAAUAGAAGUUUUCAAUCAUCUACAAUUAUUACAAUACCAAUUCAAACAACAUCUACACCUAUGUUAAUUCCACGUUCACCUAUUUAUAGUAAAUUUUUAGAUUUAAGAGAUGAUCCACCAUUAGAGUUACCUAUUUUACCAGAUUUAAAAACAACGGAGAAAAAACAAAAACAAACUGAAUUCAAACAAAAAUUAGACAAUAACAUCUCAUCUAAUUUAUCUUUAACUGAACAAAAUCAAUCCAUGAAUAUUGUGAAAGAGCAUACACGUUUAGCUCCAUUAGCAUCAUGUGAAGUAGUACAAGAUGAAUCGGAGUCAAUACAAUUUAAACAAGAAUCAUUCAAUAAUAAACAAUUAUCUAUAUCUAUAAACAAUACUGUUAAUAAUAUCAAUAAUAAUGAUAAUCAAUAUCAAUCUAAUCCUGGUGUAACUGAUUCUCUCAAUCUUAAUUUACAUAGGAUAACAUGUAAUCAUUUAGAUAAUCGAUUGGAUCAAUGUAAAACUUUGUUAAAUAAAGAAAAACAUUUAAAAUUGGAUCAUGUUGGAAUAAUAAAACAAGAAGAAGUUAAAACAGGCGAACAAUAUAAGCAUAAUUUAUUAACAGAUAUAUCUAAAUCAGAUGUGGCCAUAUCAAUUUCAUGUGAAAAUCAGCCAACUGAACAUUUCAGAUAUCCACCAACUGAAGAGAUUGAUUCUAAGAAUGUUACAAAGACAAAUGAGAAAAGUUCAGAUCAAUUAACGAUAUUGACUAGUCAACAACAAUUGAGUUUUCUUCAAUGGCCAUCUAAUAAUCUUAUUCAUAGCAGCAAUAAUAAUAAUAAUACUAAUAAUAAUAAUAGUAGUCAGUAUUCAAAACUAACAAAAUCUCCAUCAUCACUUAAUUAUUCAAAUGAUAAUAAUCGAUUAUUAGAGAGUUAUUUAAAUCAAACUAUUGGUUCAUCAUUACUAGCAACAGAAACCAAUACAGAUCGAAUACAAUCACAAAGAAGUUUUGAUAAAGUUCCUGAAGAUAAUAAACAAGAACAACAAAUACAAUUAGAAUGUCAUAAACAAUCAAAAGAUACUACUGAUUUAUCAAAUAAUACAUCAAUGAAACAAUCAACUAUAAUGUUACAAUCAUCAUCAUUAACAACUAAUAAUAAUAAUAAUAAUAAUAAUAAUAAUAAUAAUAAUAAUAAUAAUAAUAAUACAACUAAUGAUUAUCCAGUUACUGAUAGUUUAGAUUUAGCUACACGAUUAACAUUUUUAAAAAAAUCUCCUAAAACAUUUACAGCAUGUCAAUCAUUAGCAAAACAUACAAUGAUAGCAGCAUUGAAUUGUUCUGGAGCAUUUGUACAUUUAAAACCAACAUCAAUAAUACAAUAUCCAAUUCAUCAAUCAUCAUCAUCAACUAAUAAUAAUCAUAAUAAUCAUAAUAAUGAUGAUAAUCAUAAUCAUACACAAUUAAAAUAUUUAGAUAAUUAUUUACAAUGUAAAAAUAUCAUGAUUCAUUCAUCUCCAUCAAGUCCAAAAAAGUAUUCAACAGAGAUUUGUUCCGAUAUGAAAAAUGAAAAACAAUGUGUGAAUACACGUGGUACCUCUCAAGAAAGCGAGAACACUGAUAUGGAUUCAUUCAAAACUGUUAAACAUAUUUCUACAAAAUCCACUGAUAUUUUAGAAAUUUCAACAAACAUUAAACAAUCAAUUCAAAGUCAAUACAAACAGACUGGAGUAGUUAAUUCAAAUCAAACAACAAAUGAAUUGCGUCAAACUAUUCGAAAAGUCAAAGGAAAAGAAAUGGACCAUUUAGAUGAAAAUAAACCAUCUUUGGAAACAAUCAAUUCAUUGUCAUCAAGUAACAUUCAACGAAUUUCAGAUAUAAUGUUAAAAGAUAGAAAAGAUUCACUUAUUCCUCAACAGUUAGGAAUUGUUGACUGUGCCAGAGGAUCUGUAGUAUCAUGGUCCGGAGUUUCAAAUGUAUCAAAACCUAAACGUCCAUCAGUGUUCUCAUGCCCUGAAGCAGAAAUUGAAUCACCAAGAUCAAGUGUUAUCAAUCCAUCUCUUGGUGAAUUAGCUUCUAAUAAACGAACUCGACCAGGAGCAGUAGUCACUUCAUCUAGAAGAUCAAAACGACGAUCGAGUAACACGGCAGCUGCUCAAGCAUUUGCAGUCGCAACAGCAGGCAGUGCUAAUCCUCUAGCUGCAGUCGGAAUUAUGGGUUUAGGACCAAAUCUUUUUCGUUCCAGUGGCUAUCGUUUCACUGCUGGUACAGCGACUUCUAUAGCUUCACAAACUGGUCUAAGAUCAGGCCUAAUUCCUCAUUCCAAUUCUUCUAUUGGUAAUACUACUAAUAAUAGUAAUAGUCCGAUUAUCAAUAGUGGUAGUAGUAAUAACAGUAGUAAUGUUAUGUCUACAGUUUUACUAAAUCGUUCACAAGUUCAAAAUACUCCUAGCUAUACAUAUCCACUAUCCCCUGGUAUUUCUAAUAAAGUAAUGUCACCAACAACCAUGGGAACAAGUGGAACAGUAGUAACAACAACAAUAAUAACCUCAUCAAUUGUAUCAACAACACCGACAGCAAAUACUACAUUUCGUUUAAAUUUAAAUAGAAGUGGACUAAAUCUAAUUACAACAUCAACAUCAGGAACAAUAACAAACACUAAUUCAACAUCAAAUAACAAUGCAUUCAAUUUUCAUCCGUAUAAUUUAACUAGUCCAACUUUAAUACAAUCAUCAUGUCUUGGUGUUGGAUCCAGUACAGGACAUUGUACAAAUCAAGCAAAAAGAAAUACAAUGUUAGCGACAGCAUCAUGUUUACGUGUAUUAAAUGUUGUAAGACACUGGAUAACUAAAUUUCCAGAUGAUUUUGAAAGUGAUCCAGUUUUAAAACGAGAAAUGCAAACUCUAUUAGAUACUUUAGUCACUUGUCCUCAUUUAAUGCCUAAUGAUCAAAAAGUAGUUAAUCAAUUAUUACUUCAAAUGAUCUCUGAUCAAUUAGUACAAGAUAGAAUUGAUCUUGAUAGUAUAUUAACUCCAAGACAAAUUCCAUCAGAGAAAAAUUUUGAUCAACUGUCUGCAUUGGAUAUUUCAGAACAAUUAACUUUUUUAGAUUUUCAAAUAUUCCGAUCAAUACGUAGCGAGGAAUUACUUAAUCAAUCAUGGAUGAAAUUAGACAAAGAAGAGAAAGCUAAACAUGUUCUACUUGUUUGUAAACGAUUCAAUGAAGUUAGCCGCCUAGUUGUUUCUGAGAUAAUAUCACGAACAGAUUUAAAUGAUCGAGUUAUGUGUAUUGAUAAAUGGGUUGCUAUCGCUGACAUUUGCCGGUGUAUGCAAAAUUACAAUGGUGUAUUACAAAUAUGUUCAGCAUUAGUCAAUAGUUCUGUAUAUCGACUUAAACGUACCUGGGAACGUGUUAGUAAACAAACAAAACAGUCAAUUGAUCGUUUACAAAUGCUUGUUGCAUCUGAUGGACGAUUUAAAUCAAUGCGUGAAGCUUUACAUAGAUGUGAUCCUCCUUGUAUUCCUUACCUUGGAAUGUAUUUAACAGAUUUAUCAUUUAUUGAAGAAGGUGCAUUGAAUAUUACAGAGAAUAAUUUGGUCAAUUUUUGUAAAAUGCGUAUGAUAGCUCAUGUAAUACGUGAAGUUCAACAAUUUCAUCAAACACCAUAUCUUAUAACACAUAGACAAGAAGUUACUGAUUAUCUAUUAGAUCCAUCACGAUUACUUGAUGAAGAACAAACUUAUCAAGCAUCAUUAACGAUUGAACCAAGACAAUCAAUUAAUCGACAAUCAUUAUCAGGAUUUACAUAAUCAAUGAAUCAAUCAAUCAAUCAAUCAAUCGAUCAAUCAUAUUAUAUUGAAAUUAGAAAUAGAGAUAUUGAUUAUUUUCUAUAUUGAAACAAAUAUAAAUGUAUAAAUAAUCGCCUUGUUGUCAACUGGUUCUUUUUUUACAUUAUAUUCUUUCUUUUUUCUCUUUUCUUUUUUUUAUACUUUUCUUUUAUCAUUUAAGUAGAAUAUAUGAAUUAGAAUGAUUGAUUGCCAUGGUGAUCGGGGUUUCUUUUUUUGUUUGUUUGUUGUUUAUUACGUAAUCAUUAUUUGUGAUUAUUCAAUAUGACCAUUGUACAUUCCAUAAUAGAAUUUUUUUUUAUUCCAUUCAGUUUUCUUUUUAUUUUUGUUUGUUUUUUGUUUUAGUUUUGGAUAGAAAUGUUAUUUACAUUUGAAUUCUUUUAAUUCUAUCUAUGAUGCACUAUUAGUAGUUAUAACUAUUUAUGGUGGAUUUUUACUUUUGGUGAUCUUUCUUUGAUUUAUGGGUUGUUUAUUUUCUUUAUUGUAUGUGUGCUCAUAUCAUUUUGGUCAUCAAUAUGAUCCGUCUUUCCCUCCCUCUCCCCCUCUCUUUCUCUCUCGCUAUAUAUAUAUAUAUAUAUAUGCAUGUUUCGUUGGAUUGUUUCCUCUUGUCUGUUUCUAUGCAACAUUCCACUAUUAUUUUUAAUUUGUUCAAAGAAAAGAAAUACUUUUUCCAUUAAUCAGAUUAUAGAUUCCUAAAUUUGUUAUUGUUACUCUUUCUCUUUUAUAUGUAUUUUUUUCAUAUUUGAUCAUUAAAAGAGCGCCGAUUUGAAUUUUGAACAUAAUGUGUUUAUUGAAUAUGCUGCAUUUUAUGUUAUUAUUAUUAUUGUUGUUGUUGCUAUGCAUUUAUUUUUGUUGCUAUGUCUCUUUUCCUAUACAUAUAUACGUAUGUAAUUGUAAACACAUUCAAUAUAUUCAACAUAAUAAUAUUAAAUGUUAAAUUAUUUUAUUUAUGUGUAAUUUUGUAACUAUGAUAGUUUACUACUGAUUGAAUUGAUCUUUUUUCUUUGUGAUAGAAAUAUGUUUUUUUUUCUAGAAUAAAUCAUUAUUUCUUUGUUUGUUUGUUUGUUUUUUUCAUGUCAAAUUCCUAUUUAGUUCUCCGGUUGAUAUUUCUUCUUUUUUUCUUUUUCUCUUUUCUCAAAAAUAUUAUUUCACUUCUCUUUAGAUCUUAUAUAAUUUUUUCCAUUAUUAUUAUUAUUACAUAUAUGUAUAUUUAAUUGUUUUACCG